UGUAGCCAUAAAAAGGCCCUCGUGAACUUUGACUCCAGCAGAGUGAACCAGAGCUCAGCUUUUGCACAACUUAAAUCUGUUUGUUUUGCUCAUUUCUUUUGAUUUACCCUGAACGGUCAACAAUGAGCUGGCAGAACUUUGUGUUAGCCCUGGUGUUGCUGUGCUUGUGGGGCUUCCAGGAAGUCGCACAAGCCUGCACCUGUUUACCGGUGCAUCCGCAGCAGGUGUUUUGCAAAGCCGAUGUUGUUGUCAUCAAGGCAAAGGUUGUUGGAGUGACGCCUGGCAUGCAUGUAGAAGGGACACUCACUAAGUAUGACAUCAAACAGAGAAAGAACUUCAAGGGCACAGAAAAGCUUUUUGAUGCAAUCUACACUGCACCCGGUUCUGCAGCUUGUGGAGUCACCCUGACCAAGGGCACUGAAUAUCUCCUCAUGGGUAGACUGCAGUCUGACGGCUCGCUGCGUAUUUCUGUGUGUGACUUCUAUCAGCCGUGGAAAGCCUUGAGUGCUGUGCAGAAGAGUCUGUUGUACCGCUAUGAAAAGGGCUGUGAUUGCAUGAUCAAAUCCUGCUUUUCCUUCCCAUGCUGCAAGACCACCCCAACAGAGUGCUUGUGGACAUUCUUGCCAGGGAAGAUGGGCUAUGAUGAGCAGGCCCAAAACUUUGCUUGCAUCAAGAAAAAUGACGUCUGUUUCUGGUACAGGGCAGCUUUCAUUCCCCGAAGGGGAUAGAUUACCAGAGCUCUAAAGCUAUUGACUCAAAAUAAAAUCAAUGCAGCUGUCUUUU